AUGGAAAAGAAGGAUUCCAAAGAAAAGGAUUUUGAAAAGUUUUCAGCACUUUUCAAAAAGCUAGAGAUCAACUUACCUUUCUUCGAGGCACUUGAGAAUAUGCCUUUGUACAAGAAAUUUAUGAACGACGUGAUUUCUAAAAAGAGACCCGUGGGAAGUGAUCCUGAAAAUGUAACUGAAAAGUGUGCGAAAGUCUCGCCGGAAAGAAGGAUUCCAAUAAAAAAGAAAGACCUUGGAGCGGUGGCAAUACCUUGCACCAUCAAUGACAAAAUGUUCAAGAAGGUGUUGAUUGAUUCUGGUUCUAGUGUGAGUUUGAUGCCAUUGUCUAUCUUCAGAAAGCUUGAGAUUGGAAAAAUAAGCGAGAGUGAGACAAAGUUGAAAUUCGCUGAUCACACCAUUAAGUCAUAUGGGAUAGCUGAAGAUGUGUUGGUAGAGAUUCAUAAUUUUGUCUUCCCAGUUGAUUUCCAUAUCAUGGACAUUCAUGAAGAUGAAGAGACCCAUAUCCUUUUUAGGCGACCAUUUUUGCUUAUUAGUCGUUGCAAUUUGGAUCUCGAGAAAGGGACACUAAUGGUAAAGUCAUUGAAGAAGAGGUAA